AUGCACAUCCCAACCCUCUUCACCACAACCCUCCUCCUCCUCUUACCCACCACCACCGUCCUCGCCCACCCCGUCACCUCUUCCACCUCCCCAUCCUCCCCUCUCGAAGCCCGCCAAUCCCGCCCCACGAAACCCAAACCCUGCGUCUCCAUCGCCAACACAACCGAAGCCCAACACCUCGCCAACCACGCCAAAUUCACCGACGCCUUCAUCGUCAAGAAGAACAUCACCGCGGCCUUCGAGUUCAUACGCCAGGACUACAUCAACCACAACCCCGCCGCGCAAAACGGCUUCGACUCCGCGUGGAACAUCCUGUCGCCCAUCUGGUCCUCUCAAAGCAUCACCCCGCUGCGGAACACGUACAGGCACCCGCAGGGGUGGCUGAACUACAGGAGCGGGAGCUUUGGGGAGGUCGUGGAUCGGUUUCGCUGGGAUGGCGGGUGCAUUGCUGAACAUUGGGAUCAGGGGGAGAGGUAUCCGACGAAGUAG